AUGCAAUUACCCGACUCUGUUACGUCAUUAUUGAAGUCCAAACGUUUUCUUCAUUUGGCUACGUGCAACGAUAACGUUCCCCACCUAAGCUUGAUGAACUACACCUACUAUAAGAAGACAGAUAACGAGCAUUACAUCAUAAUGAGUACUCCAAAGAAUACCGACAAAUACAAUAAUAUGUUAGCCAACCCCCAGGUUUCUGUUUUGGUUCAUGACUGGCUAGCAACCAAUAACAAGGCCUCGGGAGAGUCGGAUGCUGAAGACCUGAAGGGUCGCAGAAAUCUGUUGUAUGACUUUCUCGUCAAUUUGAACCAAUCAGAAAUCAGUAGAGUGUCGGUUAUGAUUAACGGUAAAUGCCAAUUAUUAGAUAAAACAGAAAAUAAAGAUACAUACGAGUUUUAUAAGUCUUUGCACCGGAAUAAUAAGAAGUUUGAUGAAGUCCAAGUGAAAAAUUACAUUGAAGACGACGAAGAUAAUGCAUUGGUGGUUAUUGCAAUUACCCUGUGCAAAGUUACAGACACUAAUAACAAUGUGGAAACUUAUUAG